AUGAUUCACCGUCUCAAAGCGCUCAAAGGCUCCACGCUAGGACGCCUCCUGGCUGUAGCUUUUGAUACAGUUCUCUACUACGCCAUCUGGUGCUGUAUUGUUUUGCUUUCUUUGCUCAGUGAAGUGUCACUGCAGGUUUCUGUUGUGGGUUUUAUAGGAGACUCUGCUGUUUUACCAUGUUUUUCUAAAGAACGUCCACUUAAAGAAAUCACAGUGUAUUGGAGAUACAAUGACGACCUGAAUGUGUAUGACAUUAUUGAUGGUCAAGGCUCUGUAGAAGACCAACACUCAGCGUACAAGGGCAGAGCUGAAAUGUUUUCUGAUGAUUUUGAGAAAGGAAACUUCUCACUAAAACUCAGUGAUCUUCAACAUAAUGACACAGGAAAAUACAUCUGCUACGCAUCAGACAUUCACACUGUGGAGCUACUUAGAAAGAAUAAACCAUCCAAGAAGAAGAUAAAUCCAAGCAAACAGAAGAAAAAGGAAACCAAGGAGCACAACCAAGACCAGAGAAGAUUGUAA